AUGAGUUCGCCGGCCGGCUUACCGCUGGAUGCGACCAUCACCAUUGUCAACAACUCGGGCAAGCUCAUCAGCACUGGCAAGCAGCUGCUCUCCAUAUGGAAGACGGCCCAGACAUCGUACAGAGAAAAAAAGACGGAGCUCAGCGAAGGCCGUGCUCAGGAGCGAGCUGCUGAAAAGGCACCGCCGCCGGUCCCCGUCAAGCGCGCGCAGACCUUCGACACCACUCGCAGCAUCCCGCGCCGGCAAUAUGACGAGCUCAGCGUGGCCAGCUCUGCGCGGACGUACAGGAGCUCCAUUGCCAAGAAGCAGCUUCCGCCGGUGCCCGACCAGCUCGCCCUGACCGAGGGCAACCUGGAGAGGCUGUCCGAGGUGUCGAGCGUUGCGCCGUCAAAGCUGCCGUCAGCGUACGGAGGAAACAACAACAACAACAACAGCAAUGCCAUGGUCGUCAAGGGCAGCUUCUCGCGCGUCGACCCGCCCACGGCGCUGCAAAAGGUGCAGCCGCGCAUGGUUGGCCGCACGCGGUCUGACACGGAGAUUGAGGCCCAGAAGCGCUUCAGCAUGGGCAGCGACCUGCACUUGGCGUAUGGCGACAUUCCCCCGGAUCUGGCCGACAGAGUCGACCUGGACAAGCACACCGCCUACUCGGAUGAGCGGACGCUGUAUGACGAGGAGCUGCAGCUGCAGCAUAUCGACGGUGAGCGCGAGCAGGCCGAGCAGCUGAUCCACAAGAUUGAGAAUCUGCUGGACGAGGCGUCGUGCGCGCAGCAUUCGGCGACGGCUAUCAUCACUCAUCUCCAGGAGCGCCCUGAUGCGGCGGCAGCCGUUGCGCUGACGCUAGCGGAGCUUUCGGGCAUCAUCACGAAGUUAUCGCCGGGCUUUGCGGCAAUUCUCAAGGGCUCGUCGCCUGCCAUCUUCGCGCUGCUUGCGUCGCCCCAGUUCCUCAUUGGCACGGGCAUCGCUGUUGGCGUCACGGUCGUCAUGUUUGGCGGGUGGAAGAUUGUGCAGAGGAUUGCGCAAAACUCGAUUGGCGGCGCCAGGAAGCCCAUGGCAUAUGAGGCCGCUGCUGCGCCGGCGCCGCUGCCGCAGAUUGAGAGUGGCGUUGACGAGGCGAUUGUGCUGGAGACGGUGGAGGUGGACAUUAGCUCCAUCGAUACGUGGAGGCGCGGCAUCACGACGGAGUUUGAGGUUGCUGACAUGGAGCUGAUGACGCCCGAGGCGGAUCGCGUGGUGAGGGAGCGACGGGCGUCUGGUGUUCCGGACGACUACUUUGGCUCAAAGUCGCGAAAGAGCUCCAAGACGCAGCACAGGUCCAAGACGCACUCGUCUUCUUCACAUUCGUCUUCGACGGCCAAGUCGUCGUCGUCGCACAAGAAGGAGUCGUCGUCAGACAAGAAGAGCAGCAGCGGCAGACGAAAGAGCGAUGAUUCUAAUGCCAGCGGCGGCUCUUUGAGUCUGUUCAAGCGGUCUCUCUCUGGCAAGAAGAAGUCUGACGAGGGCAGCGUCAAGGGCAGCGGCAAGAAUGAGGAGAUGAAUGUCAAGGCGAAUAUGAAGAAGAAUAACAAUAUGCUCAAGGCGCUGUUUAAGAGCAAAGAGCACAGGAGCAUUGCUGCCUAA